AUGGCUGAUUCAAAUAUAAAUAAGAAAGGUAACGAUAUUUGGUCACUAGUUACUUUAGAUGAUUUGGUUGCUGCUAUCGCUUCUCUUGGAGAUCGUACGGAUCAACUCAAAGGUGAAACAUGGCGAUUCAAUGCGAAAACUAGAUCCCAAAGUUCACUUUGGGGUGAAGUUAUUCAUAAAUUAAAAUUGAAUUAUAACGAAAAAAUGCGCCAAUCUUUGUACAAAAUUUGGCAUUUAGAGCGUCACGAUAUUCAGGAUCUUGUUAAAAAAAAGAAAAAAGUAAUUGACAACAAUGAAGUGAACGAAGACGACGGUGAUAUCAAUGGAAUAGAAGACAUUUCCGUUGCAGAGAGAAAUAAUUCAAAGAUGCAUCCUAAUACAUCUCUACCGCUAGCAAAGCGACCAAUUACACGUGCCAAUCCAGACGAAAAUGGUGCUCAAAAAUCGGUCAUUACGGAAAUAUCAUUCGCUUUCAAUGCCGUUGAAUGGAAAAAUACGUUUAGUCAUACGAGCCAAGAAAUGAAAGAUGGCUGGGCUAAGAUUUUUAAUGACAAGUUGAUGUCAUCUGGAAUCGAAUGUACGUUGAAAUUCAAAACACCAUACAUCAUGGAAGGAAAAAGAAAACAACGGUGUAAAUUUUUUGGUUGCUAUGCUAUAUGCACCAGAGUAAAAUGCACGAGAAAAUAUCAAAUAAUUCUUCGUCAUCAACCAGAUGAGAACUCAUCAGUACUUUUUCUUGUCCGAGUUUUCGGUGAAGAAAAUCAUAAUCCUGCCAUCGAAACAGCUUCACGUAAUCUGACAGGGAAACAUCGAUUUGAUGUCGGAAAGCGAGCAAACGAAAUCGGCCCACUUCGAGUUUUCCGCGAGCUUAUCAAUGAAGCUGAUGAAAAUUUGCUCGCAGCAGGCAAUUACACACAAUGUCCAACGAUCGAAGUAUUGAAGAAAGCGGCAUCUGAUUAUCGUGAAAAGAUGCACAUUGAUGAAAACAUUUUCCAGGAAUGUCGAAUGAUUCGUCGAGCUUACUUGAAAGAUGAUACAUCAUCCACUUAUACUAAAGGAUACAUUCAUGAGAUGGGUGAAGUGCCAUUUCGUACACACUUAUAUUCAGAAACACAGAUCGAACGAUACAUCAAUUAUGUUAAAAAUGAGAAAUAUUCAUAUGUUCAUAUAGACGCAACUGGUGCUGUCUUAAAACAAAUGUGUGAACAGAAACAGCCGUUGCUUUAUGCCAUGAUAUUCAAAGAUGGUACUGACGCAAAUGAUACUGUUCCACUCGCACAUUCUGUUUUAACAGAUCAUACAGUUCCUAGUCUUGGCUAUUUUUUUGGAAAAGUAGCUUACAAUAUUACUGAAGUCGCAGGAAAAUUAGUCCUUCCUUCUUUUUUUAUUAUUGAUUUUUCAGCCGCUACUAUGAAUGCCGUCCUUCAAGCAUUCAAUAUCGAAAGCAUUAACGCACAUCUUAAUCGAUGCUGGAAUGUCGUGCAAGGAAAAUACAGCAGUCAAGAACUUCGAUCAUUGUCAUUCAUUCAUUUAUGUUGCUGCCACGUAAUACAUGCUAUGGCAAGAAGCUUAACCACUGCACGUACUGAUAAAAAAAUACGACGAGCUCUAUUACAUAUAUUAGCGUUCAUGUUAUGCAGCAAUGAUAUUGAACAAUUAUAUGAUACACUUGGACAGAUGAUCAAUAUCUUUGGCGAUCCCAAUGAGAAGAAUGCAAGAGAAAAACUUGAACAAAUGGUAUCACUUGACUUGAAUGUAGACGAAGAAAGCGCGUCAAUGUUAAAGAAUGGUAAGAAAAUUUUUAAACAGGCGAGAAGAAAAAAAGAUGAAUUGGGAUUGAUGGACGAAUAUUUACGUUCCAAUGCUCCUAUCAUUCAUCAAUCACCGUUUAAUAAGGAAGCCAUUCGGCGUUAUCCGAAUCUGACUAACCUUAUUAAUAAUAAAUGCAAAACUCAUAAGAUUGAUAACCCGCUAUUUUCGCCAUCGAUAAUUCGUAUUUUGUAUAGAUGGUGA